GUCGUUGUUGGGUUCGGGAAGCAGUGGUUUUGUGUCAUCACUGUUCAUAAGAAUCGGAGCGAGUGGGCGAUUGGGGAACUACGCCGAAACGCUAAUGAAACCUGGCCGUCAGUUUCUUCUCACCGUGCUAGGUUGUUGUUUUUUUUAAUGUAACGCCUUCAAAAGCUCGCCGUUAAAUGUCUCAGUGAUUUGGCUGUCCCCACCAUGUCAAGAAGUGGAUGGUCCAAGCGUUCAAAAUCAGGGGCUUUACCAGGCCUGGGUGAGCCUCCUCAGGGUAAAGGCAUCCAUGUUUACCUCUUCUGGACCCAGGAAGGAGAGAAGUAUUUGUCCCACACAUCUGGAGAGGUCACAGCGGAGGAGCUGUGCAUCUCCGCUGCAGAGGCUGUAGGUAUAACGCCUCUGUGCCAUGUGUUGUUCGCUCUCUACAACCCGCUGUCACGCUGCUGGUACAGUCCAAACCAAAUUUUUAUUCCAGAGGAGAACUCCUGCCUCAUACUUCACUACUGUAUGAGGUUUUACUUUCGGAAUUGGCACGGACUCGAUGAGAGGGAGCCAACUGUAUCCCGUUGUGCUCUCAGAUCUGGAACAGAUCAGGGGGGUUCCCCUCUGCUUGAAAUCACCUCCUUGGAAUAUUUGUUCUCCCAGGCUAAAUAUGAAUUUGUGAACGAGGUUGUACCAAUGGAAGACGUUCAGUCAGAGGACGAGCUAAGUCGCUUCAAAAAUGAGAGCUUAGGGAUGGCUGUACUUCACCUAUCACAUCGGGCAAUACAAACAGGCUGUACCUUACAAGAUGUUGCCGAAAAAAUCAGCUUCCAACGCUGCAUUCCGAGGUCUUUCGCCAAACACAUCUCUAAAGACAACUUCCUGACUAAAAUCAGGAUCCGACGGGUGUUUGCGGACUUUGUGCGGACUUUCCAGCAGCACACUGUAGAUCAGGGACGGCUGGGCGCUCAGGAGAUCAUGUAUAAGUACAUCUCCACACUCGAACACUUGGCGCCACGUUUUGGCACAGAGACCUUCCCCGUAUCCCACCUGGAACUGAACGAGGAUGGGGAUGUAAGCAGCUCUUACUCCAACACCACCCAUGCCCAGGGUGUCUCAAAAGACAACUUCAGAGGUCCAGCCACACAUGAAAUAUUGGUGUCUGGCACCAAGGGGAUUCAGUGGAGGAAGAUGUGCAGCCAGAAGGCGCAGGCCAACACUUACUUAAGAAAUGACUACAUGAGCUACAGCAGGAAAACAAAACAGCCCAGCCAGGCGAAUGGAAACACUCCCAAUGAAUGGUCCUCCUUCUGCGAUUUCCCUGAAAUAAGUCAUAUAGCCAUCACUGGAGAUAAUGUGUGCAUUAGCACUCAGGACAACAACUGCAUGGAGGUUCAGAUGAAUUCCAGCCAGGAGGCCCGUUCCUUCAUCUCCCUCCUAGAUGGAUACUACCGGCUGACUGCAGACGCCCACCACUAUCUUUGUCAUGAAGUGGCUCCCCCAAGGGUAGUGCUGAGUGAAGCAAAUGGACUACAUGGACCGAUGCAGGAUGAUUUUGUGCUACUGAAGCUGAAAAAGGAGGCAGCAGAGGAGGGAGCUUUCCUCGUACGGUGGAGUGCUCUCGACUAUCGCCGCAUCAUCCUAGCUGUCCUGAACAAAAACGAGAAUGAAUCGACACCAAGCCACAAGCAGUUUCGGAUUCAGCAUAAGGGUUCGAUGUUCUGUCUGGAGGGCUGGGAUCGAGAAUUCUCCAGUGUGAAGGAGCUCACAGACGGCCUCAAGACCUUUGUACUCAAGUCUGGUUCGGACAGCUUUACUGUCAAAAAGUGCUGUUUGCCAAGACAAGGAGAGCCAUCCAACCUUCUGGUGAUGAGGCAAGGUGUCAAUAACCGUAUCCAAAACGACUCCUUGUCCCUGAACCUGACACAGCUACGCUUCCACCAGAUCAAGGACAAAGAGAUCACACAGGAACAGCAUUUGGGCCGUGGGACCAGAACGAACAUCUACUCAGGACGUCUGCUCCUGCGCGGAGGAGGAGAGAACAAUGAGGACGAUGAGUUCAACAACAACAACUUGGCUGAUCGCAAAGGGAUCCGAGUGGUUCUCAAGAUUCUGGAUCAAACCCACAAAGAUAUUGCACUAGCAUUUUUUGAAACCGCAAGUCUCAUGAGCCAAGUAUCCCACAGACAUCUGGUGUUUAUACAUGGAGUGUCAGUGAAAGGAUCUGAAAACAUCAUGGUCGAAGAACUUGUGGAAUUCGGGCCUCUGGAUGUUUUCCUGCGCAAAGAAAGGGCAUCAGUGACUCCUCAGUGGAAAUUCAUUGUUGCAAUACAACUUGCCAGUGCCCUCAAUUAUCUUGAGACCAAAGGGCUGGUUCACGGAAACGUCUGUGCCAAGAACAUUCUGGUGGCAAGGCGUGGUCUGGAGCACGGUACCACUCCUUUUGUCAAGCUGAGUGACCCAGGAAUUUCCCUGAAUAUCCUUUCACGGGAAGAGCGUCUUGAGCGCAUCCCAUGGAUCGCUCCCGAGUGCAUUGACAGCGGAGCACCCAUCGGCAACGCUGCCGACCAGUGGAGCUUUGGUGUCACGCUGCUUGAAAUCUGCAACAACGGCGAUCUUCCCAUGAGUGGCAGCACGUUAUCCGAGAAAGAGUGCUUUUAUCAGCAAAAGGGCCGAUUAGCUGAGCCAUCCUCCCAGGAACUCGCCCGCUUCAUCAGCAUGUGUCUGACCUACGAGCCUGUGGAGAGGCCUUCAUUCCGCUGCGUGCUCAGAGAGCUCACAGAAAUCAUGAUCAAAAAUCCUGAUAUAUCUCCCAGUGAAACUCUCCCUGACACAGACCCUAGUGUGUUCCAUAAACGCUACCUGAGAGAGAUGCGGGUCUUGGGAGAGGGUCAUUUUGGAAAAGUGACUCUAUACUUGUAUGACCCGGCCAACGAUGGGACAGGAGAACGGGUGGCAGUGAAGGCUUUGAAACAAGAAAACGGUCAUGUGCCUGAGGGCUGGAUGAAGGAGAUUGAGAUCUUAAAGUCCCUUUAUCACAGCAACAUUGUCAAGUACAAGGGCUGUUGUACUGAACUGGGAGGACAAGUGGUGCAGCUGAUAAUGGAGUACCUUCCCCUGGGGAGUCUGCGAGACUACCUUCCCAAACGCAAACUGGGUGUUCCUCAGUGCCUUCUGUUUGCCCAGCAGAUCUGUCAGGGGAUGGAGUACUUGCACUCAAAACGGUACAUCCAUCGAGACCUAGCUGCUCGAAAUGUCUUAGUGGAAAAUGACAGUUUGGUAAAGAUUGGAGACUUUGGCCUGACGAAGUACAUCCCCGAAGGAGAAAUUUACUAUCGUGUCCGUGAGGAUGGGGACAGUCCAGUGUUCUGGUACGCCAUUGAGUGCUUGAAAGAAAGCAAAUUUUCCUUUUCCUCUGACAUUUGGUCCUUUGGCGUUACGUUGUAUGAGAUCCUGACCCGCUGUGACCAACGCCAAAGCCCUCCUAACAAAUUCUUCGAAAUGAUGGAGGCGGUCCAGGGACAGAUGACUGUGAUGAUUCUCAUAAAGCUGCUGGACAAACAGCUGCGAUUGCCUUGUCCCAAAGAAUGCCCACAUGAGGUGAAGAUCAUAAUGGACCAGUGUUGGGCUGCAGAUCCUGGACAGCGGCCAUCAUUCAGAUCCCUCAUUGAGAAGUUUGAGGCUAUUCGCCGAACAUACGACUGGCAGCCUAAUAUAAACUUUUCCUUGGCUCAGAUUUGCUGAUCAGCACUCCGUGAAGGGCUACUUGUCUACAUAUCAUCACUUAACAACCAUAUAUUACAGAGUAGCCAAGAGUGCGUUUCCAAGCUGUGCGAUGCCUGCUGCCUCAAUUUACGUGGCCCAAAUCAGAAUUUAUCAGAUUCCAUGUGAUUUAUGCUGUUCACACUGUUAUGAAAAAAACAGAUAUGAGUCACAUAUAAGCAAAAAAAAGUCAGAUUUGGGCCACUUUUGCCUGCAGUCUGAACGUAGCCAUAGUCUUUAUAGGCUUCUCUUUUUAUAAAAGCACACUGCUCUCUUCUCAUAUGUGAUAUUAACACAACAAUAAACUCAACCUGUGUAUUUGAGGGGAAAAAGGUGAUGUGAGAGCGUCAUACUAUGUAUUUCAAAAGUUAAAGGUUUGCAAAUGUCACAGUAAGUAUUAAGAAUGUAUGUAAGGUUGGGAGAAUACUAUCUUUUACGUUAAGUUUAUUUUUUGUACAUUUUUGACUGUAGGUUAUAUACAGUAUAUGCAUUUAAUUUUGUAUAAACCAAAAGAACAAAUGAUCAAUCUAAUAAACCAUUUUCCAAAUG